CCGCAGACCGUGAGGCGCCGGCGAGGUUGCGCAUCUCUAGUGGGAGAGACUACCUUUUCUCCGGAUGUUCGGUUUUGUUUCCUCCUUCAGCCUAUUUCUCGGACCCGCGCCUUUUUGAGAGAUUCCCUUCCUCCUUUGCCCCCUUUUCGGGCCACAUCAGGCGGGAGGCUUCCAGAAAGUCGACAAGUCAUCUUUAGGUGCAGAGGAGUCAGACUUCAGGAAGACCAACUCAAAUAUUUGGCAUUUAAAGGAAUUUCAAGUUUUUAAAAGAAAGGUCUUUGAAUUCUACAGGAGACAUUUGGGAAAACUUUUCACUUAUGAAUUUUCCUUGUUCCAUUGGUCCAGCUUGCAGGUCCGUGGUUAAAGACGUGCGCCAGGGGAAGAAAGCCAGAGUCCACAGAGAGGAGCGUUCUGGCUUCCUAGAGAGGAAGCUCGUGAAGCUUGGGCGUCGCCCAAGCCGACGGCGUCGCGAAGCCGACGUAGUGACGCACUUCCGAUCACGCCGCACAUUGCACCUUUCCUGAGCCCCUGCCCUUCAUUGAGAGGAAGCCCAGGUGAUGGCUGUCAUGCCCCUGAGAGCCUGGCACCAGGAGGUGGUGACCUUUGAGGACGUGGCUGUAUACUUCACCCAGACAGAAUGGGCUGGCCUUUCUCCUGCACAGAGGGCCCUGUACAGAAGUGUGAUGCUGGAGAUUUAUGGGAACUUGACGUCUCUGGGAUACCCAGUUCCCAAACCUGCAUUGGUCUCACUUCUGGAGAGAGGGGAUUUGCCUUGGGGCCUGGAGACACAGGAUGAUCCCCCUGCACAGGGGACCAAACACAUCUGUAAAAAUGCUGGGACCAACACUGACAAUGAGUUAACACCAACAUGGGGAGUUUCUGAAGAAAGAGAUAUGAUGAUGUCACAUGGGCCACAGAAGAAUGUUCUUAAGAGAAACAGCUUCCUAGAAACAUGUGAACUGGAGAAGCACCAGGAAAUCCCCACAGUGAAAAACAUUAGAGGAAAGGUUCCAAGAAUCCACUAUAAUAGGAAACCCUUCAGAUGUGAGGAAUGUGGGAAAUGCUUCAGCUAUUUUUCUUACUAUGUUAGACACCAGAGAAUCCACACUGGGGAGAAACCCUUUGAGUGUAAUGAGUGUGGAAAAGCCUUUAAUGGCAAUUCUUCAUUAAUUCGACAUCAGAGAAUCCACACUGGAGAGAAACCCUAUCAGUGUGAAGAGUGUGGGAGAGCCUUUAAUGAUAACGCAAAUCUGAUCAGGCAUCAGAGAAUCCACAGUGGGGACAGACCCUAUCUCUGCAAGGAGUGUGGAAAUGGUUUCACCAGUAGUUCUGAGUUUGUUAUACACCAGAGGAUUCACACUGGGGAGAAACCCUAUGAGUGUAAUGAGUGUGGAAAAGCUUUUGUUGGUAAUUCACCACUGCUGCGACAUCAGAAAAUCCACACUGGAGAGAAACCUUAUGAGUGUAAUGAGUGUGGCAAAAGCUUCGGACGGACUUCUCAUCUUAGUCAGCAUCAGCGUAUUCACACAGGGGAAAAGCCUUAUUCUUGUAAAAUAUGUGGGCAAGCCUUCAAUUUUCAUACAAAACUAAAUCGGCACCAGCGAGUCCACAGUGAGGUGAAACCCUUUGACUGUGUAGAUUGUGGAAAAGCCUUUAGUGCUCAGGAUCAAUUAAAAAGGCAUCUAAGAAUCCAUAUUCAGGAGACUUCCUAUGUGUGUGAUGAGUGUGGAAUAGUCUUUACUAGCAAAAGAAAUCUGCUUCAGCAUCAAAGAGUCCAUACUAGAGAGAAAACCUGUGAAUAUGUCAAGUAUGAAAAAACCUUUAGGACUUCUUCCCAGCUAGAUCAUAUCCACCCUGGAGAGAAGCCAGUGCUGGAUGUUGGAUGUUUUGGCCUCCCAGAAUUUUUUACCCCCUUUUACUGGUAAUAGUACACUGAAUUUCCUUUUGGAUUCCGUCUUCCACUCAGGGGUAGAAUUUGUGACACAGCCCCAGCUCAGCUGCAGGUUCCUUCCCUCAAGCUAUAGCUGUUGGUUCAGAUGUCAGUAGAUAACCCAAGAUAGUCCAGUUAGAAUCCCAGACUUGGCAAGAGUUAAUAACCUUGUAAAUGGUGAGUGUGGCCCUGGCACAACAACCAGAUGGCAGACUGUGGCCUGGCAAUCCUUUCGCCUUCCAGUUGUUAACAAACUUUUGACAGUCCUACUCAUUAAGAUCUUAAUCACUCAUACUCGUGAAGCAGCUGGGCCUCCUAAUGGGCAGUUUCACAGUGGCUGAAUGGUGUUGGAGAGCCACGUGCACCCAUGUGGACUUUGGAAAGCCUGCCAAUUAUUAAUUCCAUGGUACUGAAUAAUCCUCGAACCUCCCAGUAAGUCACUGAACAAGAAUUUUCUGCCACCGUUAGCAUUUGGUGUCUGCUCUUUGUCAUGGAGAGAGGAGACUGGAAAAAUGAGCAAUGUUUGUUCUUUGGGAGUGGUUGAUUAAUGUGGCUGGGGGGCAGGCAUGAAUUCUGGGCUACCACCCCCCAGGAACAAGAGUGAGGUCUGUGUGCCUUCCUAGGGCACAUGAGCUAUGCAAGGACCUGAUGCCCAAGGCAGGAGCCUCGAGUUUACCAUCAUCAUCAACCUUGCUUUUCAGCAAAUGGAAAAACUUCUUGCUGUCGUGAAAGGAUAGCAAGAACAUUAGAUGGGUGGCUGCAGCCCCUAACCCUAAGUGAAUCCCUUUCUAUCUUGUGCUUCAGAUUCUGUGCUGUGCAGUGGGUGGUCAGUGAUAGGGAAUCUGCUGCUUUCACCGAGCCAGCAUCUGUCCUCAUGUCCAAGUGCAGCACCUCAGCUUUCCUUUGGAAGCUACAUCUUAACCUGCUUCCAGUCCAAAUAGUUUCAGAGGGCUGACCCCACAUUCCACCCACCUGGCCGAUCCCAUCUUCCAUCCUCUGAUUGCUGUGAUCAGUGCAAGGAUGAGAAUGUUAUCCAAGCCAGGCCAAAGGCAUUCUAAGCCAUGAGUUUUCAAGGAAGCCUACUGAAGGAGAAACCAUUCCCAGUAUGGACUUUAAGCUUGUGUCAUUUUGGAGUUGCUGGAUGCAGUGAGAGAAACUGUGCCUGUGAAUGGGACCACAAGGCACUCAGCAGGCUGAUGGUCGGAGAGGGACCAGGUCACACUACAAGCACGUGAGCCCUUGGACCUGACACCUCUGAACCCAGUUUUCAACUUGUCUCUUGUCAUCCAUAACACUCAAGACAUGGUGGCUCCUAGUGUAAUCUUCUUACGGUCUCUCUUAAUAACAUGUGGACUCCUACAAGGCCAAUUAACAUCACAGCUUUCGUUGAACUGGAUCUGAGAUUCUCCAGGGCUUUGGCUUCCGGACAAUGACUGGCUGAGUCAACACAGACAGAAGGUUGGUCUCCUCUGGACAUACUAGUCCAUGCAGACAGGAGCCAGCGUCUUCAGGACCUGCUGGGAGGCACCACCACAGGAGUAAAAGCUUCUAUGACCCCAGCAUGAGCCACAGCCACCCCCCACCUGCCCGGGAGACCCUCCAAGACCAGCAGGUGCAGGUCAUGGAGCAUCUGAUCUUCAUCCAAAGAUAGAACACUGUGAUCGGCUUCAGAAGCAAGCUUGGAAUAUCCUUUUAAUAAUUCAAUUACACUUUACAAUAAUGUGACAUAACAAAGUGGCAUCUCGGAUGUAGGCAGUAAGUACACAACCUCAGUACAUAUAAAACCUCAAUAUCCACGAAGGUAUAUCAUUGAAACUUAAUUUUUCUAUAUAAAUUAUCUUCAUUUUGACCAAACAUAGUCAAAUUAAGACUAAUUUGUUUGAAGAAUAAAUCUGGUUUCUAUACACUUACCCUGAUUAUUUACAUAAGUGUAACUGAUCAUAUAGGCCCUUUGAAAUUUGGCUUUAUUGCAACUUUUCAUAAGGGACCUCAAAUUGAACUUUUAAAAGGCCUCUCAAAGCCAGGAAAGCCAUGCCAUUAGAUUCUACCUGCAAUACCUACAGAUUUAGGUGGAUUCCUCUCUAACUAUGUUCCAAAAUAUCUUGAGGUUCUUAUUUCUGCCAGGAAGUGGACUUCCUUUUUCACCUGGAAAGGCUGUGAGGAACCUAAGAGAUUCUACAUUCAGGAGGAAUCAGGUAGAGAGAAAAGAUAAAUGCUUCAGUUCUGCUUACAAAGGAAUAAUUUACUAAAUUGCUGUAAGUCAUACUUUGCUUAAGGUGAAAGGUUUCCUUAUAUCUGGAAAACAAAGGUGAAAAGCCAGUAAUAUUUCAGACAAAAAAUCAUAAAAAUUAUAAUCAUAUUUACAAGCUCAUUCAAUCCCAUAUAAUUAAUUUUUGCUCUGCUUGAGUCCAGUUUUCCCAUUAGUUUUGGUGACCUUGCCUGAUGAUUGAGGAUAUUUUUUUUAAAGUUUUUGAGGUUUUUGUUAAGGCUUAUGUGAUUUGUCACGUGAAGUGGGUGCCUUGUUCACUGGACAUUGUGGAAAGUAUACCCCAAGUGGAAAACACAUUUUCCAACAGUUUCCUUGUCAUUGUGAGGGCAUCAGCCUUGCAGCCAGGGAAGGCCUUAACCCAUCAAAUAGAAAUGGGGUUUGCCAGGAAGCCAGGAAAAGCCAAGCAGCCGUCUUGGUUUCCCAUAUCCCAGACUGUUUAAUUCACAGCUGUUGUUUACCCAUCUUAAUUUCUCUGAUUUAGGAGCAGACUGUUGUCAUGUUAUAAGGACAUCAGGAUGGCAAAAGCCUGACAAUGAGGUGUUAAUUUUUUGUAGACACAGAAUGGACUUCACCUACAAGUGCCAUCAGCUCUGUUGUUGCCUUUGCAUGAAAGAGCAGAGCAUCUCCCUAAUACUCGGAGGUUCAGUCACUUUAGUGUGAGCCUCGAUUUUGAUGACAAAGAAACAUUCUAUGUCAGGACAUAUAAGAUUUUCAGGAAUUUCAUAUAAUUUCUGGAACAUUUACACUAUAUACUUAUAGACAUAAAGAAGGCUUAAUGUUGACAAUGCUUCCCAUGUCAAUUAUGACCAAAUAAGCAUAAUUAGUUGAAUAUCUCUCUCUUUGAGACACUUCAGGACAGUAUCACUUCAUUUUCCAUUAACUAAAUCCAUUUUCUUUCUUCAAUCCUCCUUUUACUGAAAACACACAUCUUUUUUUUCCUUGAAUACUCAAAUGUUUACCUUAUUAUUUCUACUAACUUUAAUUACAAAUAUAAUAUUUAACCCUUGAAAACCUUAAUCCCUAACAAAAACCAAGAAACAGUACAUUGUGAACUGUUAUACCAGCGUUUCCUGAUUGGCAAGCUUAUCAACGUAUUUCAACAACCUUUAGAAACAUACAUUUUCUCAUAGCAUGAUUUCUUUUCUCAUUGUGGUACAAGACAUGUGUCCAAUAAACCCAAACAUCUUUAGUUUUUCUCUGAUAAGACAAAGUAGGUAAAUUUAGACAUGCUGAGCAAUUAAUGUAUUAGUAUUUUUAUCUUAAUUGGCAAUGAUCUGGAUAGUUAGUGAAUUCCCAUCAUUUAAUUUAAUUUAGCACAACUCCAAAGUUUCAAGUUACCCAAAAUCUGGAGAAACUCUUUUUAGGUAUACAUACCAUAAAGCAUAAUCAUUUUUAAAGAGUUCACCUAAAAGCUUUUAUCCCAUUUAUCUCAAUUUUAUUACUUAUGAAAAUACUACCAUACUAAGUUAAUUUUCUUGUUGACAAAUUUUGUAACAGAGGUAGCAUGAGCUUAUUGACUUUUAGGAAACCUAGGUACCAAAUAAAAGUAUUAUACUUCA